AUGGCGGACAAGGACAAGAAAGAUAGUGCUGAGUUUGUGCUCAAAAUUGAUGUCGACAAGAUUAUUUUUGCGGGGAAGAAGCUUGGAGAUGAAACGAUAUCGACGACGUUCAAAAUUGCGAAUCCGACGAAGGAACGGAUAGUGUUCAAAGUGAAGUGCACUUCGAAUGAUAUGUUCAGAAUUCGUCCUCCCGUGGGAUCCAUCAAUGGUGGUGAAGAUUCAACAGUGACGGUCUCGUUUAACGCCGGAAAAUCGAUUCCAGACUCUGGAAAGCACUAUUUCGCAGUCUACUACAUUAAAACUAGCGAUAAAGAAAAGGCGGCCCGACAAGUUUGGGGUGAUCAUAAAGGUGAUGCGGAGGGCACGAAACGAAUCUAUAUUGAUUUCAACAAGGAGAAGGAUAAGAAGGAUGAAUCGAAGGAUAAGAAGAAGAAGGAUGAAAAGAAGGAAAAGAAGGAGGAGAAGAAAGAGGAAGAAAAGAAGGAGGAGAAGAAGGAGGAGAAGAAAGAGGAUGAAAAGAAGGAAGAGAAAAAGGAGGAGAAGAAGGAAGAGAAGAAAGAGGAGAAGAAGGAGGAAAAGAAGGAGGAGGAGAAGAAAGAGGAAAAGAAAGAGGAGGAGAAGAAGGAGGAGAAGAAGGAGGAAGAAAAGAAGGAAUGA